AUGACUUCCAAAUUUGUUCUCUUGGUUCUUCUUGGUGUUCUUAUUUGCACCACCACUGCGAGAAAGCUAGUUGAAUCAGAUGGUUCUUUCAAUGAUGAAAAAAUCUUCUUUGAUCACUGGAAUUCAGGAGGUGGUGGCGGCGGAGGUGGAGGUGGAGGUGGAGGCGGAUUAGGUGGAGGAUAUGGUAGUGGAUUUGGAUUUGGUGGAGGAUAUGGUGGAGGUGGAGGGCUUGGUGGUGGAGGUGGUUUAGGGGGUGGUAUUGGUGGAGGGAUAGGUGGAGGUGGCGGCUUUGGCGGGGGUGCAAGUGGCGGACUUGGAGGUAUCAGUGGAGGUAUUGGUGGAGGUGGAGGAGGAGGAGUGGGGAUUGGCUCUGGAGGUUUUGGAGGAGGAAUUGGUGGUGGAAUUGGAGGUAGCAUUGGAGGAUUAGGAGGAAGUAUUGGUGGCGGAAUCGGCGGAGGAGGUGGAUUUGGUGGAGGAUCUGGAGGUGGAAUAGGAGGUGGUGGAUUCCCUUGAGUAAAUAAAGAAUUUU